AUGGCUGCCAAUGAGGAAAAAAUAUCUGUAGACGAUUCUGCUAAGGAAACGUCAGCAGAAAAUAGGAAUUUCGAAGACGUCACUGCCACAGAUGUCAACAGCCCAUCAAUUAGCAACCCGUGCGACAUGCUGUACGGAAAUCAGGGAGAUGUGCGACCAAGAUAUCGAAAUGCCCGAGAGUAUGCGCAGGCUCUACAACCGUGGCUGUGGCAGUAUCACCAGUACAACAUGAUGAACACAUUUUUCGCGGCUAUGCCACUUUACGCGAUGAACUGUAACCCACCGACUGUCACGCCUUGGACCCAGACGCCGGGUGUGACGCCCUGGACACAGACACCGGGUGUGACGCAACAACCCGACAUACGCAGUGGCUCUGUGAAUGCGCAGAAUGUUCCGAGGGGACAAGCAGGUCGAGAAUACAACUUGCCAUCGUUUUGGAAGAGAGUUGCAGCCGAGUUGAUUGAUUUCACACUUCUGUUCUACGUUAAACUUAUCGUCACUAUCGUAGUCAUGAGAGAGAUGGGUUACUUUAGUGGCACCCAAGUCUCGGAACUGUUCUUUGAUCUGAAUGAAAUGGACUACGACAAGGCCUUUGCCAUUUCAUCGGAGGUCAUUGCCAUGGAGAUAAUAAACAGACUACUCAUAACAGUUUUUGAGACACUAUGUUUACGGAAAGGGAUUGGAACCGUUGGAGCAACACCGGGCAAGAGACUUCUGGGAUUGAAGGUCGUUUCAUGCACUGAUAUUUUCGAAGUUGCAAAUGGAAGGGUAUUUGUUGUUCCUGCUCAAAACAUUGGAGUUGUUAAUGCACUUCUUCGCUCAGUGAUCAAGAACUUCACAAUUGCGUUUUUCUUUCCGGCAUGUCUGACGAUCUUUUUCUUCAAACACAACCAGUACGAUGUCCUCAGCAAAACGAUUGUUGUUCAGACUGUUGAAGGAGAACUGUAACAGUUGACUUAAAGAAGUGUAUUUAAAUAUGUGACCAGCAAACCAGUGAAUACAGGACACAUGCCCGAGUGUGGUAAAUAUGAAACAGACUGAUUAAAAUGUGCAGGUUACACACCACCAUUAAUUACUCCAUGCAGUUCAUUACAAUUUCUGUGUGAGAAUAUAUUCUGUGAAAAAUACACCACCAUUGAGAGGAUCAUGGGACUACUAGUUUUAGGGAGUGCUCUCCCUUGAUGAGUACUGUGUAACAAAAAUCAACAGGUCGACUAUAAACAUUUUCAGUUAGCAACCCUCAUGCCAAAGCACCUCCCCAUGUUGCUGUUAUACAAGUAGCACUAUACCACUUGCACAGUUGUUGUCAGUUAGUACUACAUAUAACAAAAGUUUGUUAAAGUUUGUUUUGUUUAACAACACCACUAGAGCACAUUGAUUUAUUAAUCAUCGGCUAUUGGAUGUAGUGCUAAGAUCGCUUCAUGGAACGGGACCCAGGUCUUUUUCUUUUGCAUCAAAAUAAUUUUUAAAAAGAACAAGUAGAUUGGAUCUCAUCUGAAAUGCUGAAAACUUAUUUUUGUUUAACUUUGGUGUGGAGUUUUCAGCUUGGAAUGGGAAGGACAGGAAAUCAUCAGAUUGUGUAAUGUGUGACCACUGAGCGUGUUUAACUUUGGUGUGGAGUUUUCAGCUUGGAAUGGGAAGGACAGGAAGUCAUCAGAUUGUGUAAUGCAUUACUACUUGGGGGCAGGAUAUUCAUAUGUACAAAAUAUAGACUUUAAAUGCAACAUUUGACUCUUCAUUUUUUUUUACUAGCUGUUGGGCAUGGUAAUAGUAUCACUAGUCAUGGGAGUGGGGCUACCAUUAUCUAGAAGUCCUGAGAUAACUCUCUUUACUAGUGACAUAGUUUGUAUGGUUUUCUCUUGACUAGUGACGUAAUUUGUGUGAUUUUCCCCAUCUGAUCUAUAGUGUACAUACUGAAAACAUUAAAAUGACGUCAUGUAAAUGGCGUCAAUAUUUUCGUAUAAAGUUUGGAAUGUUUAGUGUAGGUAUUUUGUAAGAACCUUUGCAGCACUUACAAGAAAGCAAAAUUAGAAAUAAUACAUGUUGCUCAUUUAUGGAUUAUUGGGAAUACAAAUUGUACAGUAAAAUUAAUUUAAACUACACCUCAUAGUUCAUAAUUUUAUUACGUUAAUUACAACACUCAGUCUAGAGAUUGACAGAAGAAAAACUCAUCCCUAUGUAACCUCAUCAUCCACUGCAGCAAGAUCUCU